AUGGUUGAUCGAUACAAGCAGUACCCUAAUAAUUUCAAAGAAGAAACUAAAACAGAAGCAGAGUUCCCCAAUCAGCGGGCCAUAGUGGAUCCGAGUGACACCGACCCGUUAUCCUUCCACUGCCAAGAGCGGGAGCCUUACGCGGUUCCCUCCUCUCUAGGAACCAAGAGACCCAGAGCCUUCGCUCGAGCCACAUGGUUCAACUCUUUGCUUGGAAUGGGCGGGCCAGAAGAUAGUCAACCCGGACCCGACCCGCUAAUACCGAGCUUUAACAAGCUGGAGGCAUGCAUUCAAGACCAAGAAGAAGGACUUGAGUGCCUUUUUAGGCAAUUGAUCAAAACAAGAGUCUCUCUUCUCAACAUCUUAAACCAGUAG